CUGACAGAUGAGCGGAAUAUUGAUGCUUUACUGUGCUGGCUCGGGAGAGCCCAGAAGUGCCGUUUCCUGCCAGGGAAAGUCCUCGCAGACCGGGCUCCCUCCCCCUGCCCCGGGGGAGCGUCCCCGGGGGAAUUGCGGCCCCACGGUUUAAUUGAGUUGCCGGGCUACAGAUAAGGCCGGGGCGGGCCGGGGGGGUUGUCAGACGCUGUAUCGGUGCUGCUCCCGCCGUGAAUGGGAUUGCAACACGCGUGUCUCCCAGUUGAUUGGCGCAGGAAGGCGCUGCCCUGCCUCUCCGAACCCGCCGCUGCCUCCCGUUUAAAUAAAUUGGCUCGAAAGCCGGCGGCUGCCCACCCUGGCCCCCGCGGAGGCGGCGGUGGAGCCGGCCGGAGGCUGCGGCAGGCGGAGGGAUGGUGGUGCGCUGAUGCUGGGCAGAGCCGCAUUCCCGCUGGAGAGGGAGCUCGAUACCACAGCAACAAUAUUGGCGAACCGGCAAGAUGAAAGUGAGCAGUCCAGGAAAAAACUCAUUGAGCAAAGUCGUGAGUUCAAGAAAAACACUCCAGAGGACCUGCGCAAACAGGUAGCUCCAUUGCUGAAGAGUUUCCAGGGAGAGAUUGAUGCAUUGGGUAAACGAAGCAAAGAAGCAGAGGCAGCCUUCUUGAAUGUUUAUAAGAGAUUAAUUGAUGUUCCAGAUCCAGUUCCAGCCUUGGAUUUGGGGCAGCAGCUUCAGCUGAAGGUCCAACGCAUGCACGAUAUUGAAACAGAAAACCAGAAACUGAGGGAAACUCUGGAGGAAUACAACAAAGAAUUCGCCGAGGUGAAAAAUCAGGAGGUUACAAUAAAAGCACUUAAGGAGAAAAUCCGAGAAUAUGAACAGACCCUGAAGAACCAAGCAGAGAACAUAGCCCUUGAAAAGGAACAAAAGUUACAAAAUGAUUUUGCAGAGAAGGAGAGAAAAUUGCAGGAGACCCAGAUGUCGACAGCCUCGAAGCUGGAGGAGGCCGAACACAAAGUUCAAGCUCUGCAAACAGCCUUGGAAAAAACCAGGACAGAACUAUUUGAUCUGAAAACAAAAUACGAUGAAGAAACUACUGCAAAGGCUGAUGAAAUCGAGAUGAUCAUGACAGACCUUGAAAGAGCAAAUCAGAGGGCAGAGGUGGCUCAGAGAGAGGCAGAGACCUUAAGGGAGCAGCUCUCAUCAGCUAACAAAUCUCUCCAACUUGCAACACAGAUCCAGAAGGCACCUGAUGUGGAGCAGGCCAUCGAGGUGCUGACCCGCUCCAGCCUGGAAGUGGAGCUGGCGGCGAAGGAGCGCGAGAUCGCGCAGCUCGUCGAGGAUGUGCAGAGGCUCCAGGGCAGCCUCACCAAGCUGAGGGAGAACUCCAGCAGCCAAAUCUCCCAGCUGGAGCAGCAGCUGACAGCCAAGAACAGCACACUCAAACAACUGGAAGAAAAACUGAAAGGACAGGCUGAUUAUGAAGAGGUUAAGAAAGAAUUAAAUAUAUUGAAAUCCAUGGAGUUUGCACCAUCUGAAAGCUCUGGUGCGCAGGAUGCAUCCAAGCCGCUGGAGGUGCUGCUGCUGGAGAAGAACCGCUCGCUGCAGUCGGAGAACGCCACGCUGCGCAUCACCAACAGCGACCUGAGCGGGUCAGCCAGGAGAAAAGGGAAAGACCAGCCUGAGAGUCAGCGUCCUGCAACCUUGCCGGCCUCCCCUCCUUCCCAGUUGCUCCGCAACGCGGGGGAGCAGGCUUCCAAUACUAAUGGUACACACCAGUUCUCACCAACGGGUUUAAGUCAAGACUUUUUCAGCUCAUCCCUGGCGAGCCCCAGCUUACCCCUGGCCUCCACAGGAAAAUUUGCACUAAACUCUCUCCUCCAGCGACAGCUAAUGCAGUCCUUCUACUCCAAGGCAAUGCAGGAAGCAGGAAGCACAAGCAUGAUUUUUCCAACAGGUCCAUACAGCACAAACUCCAUAUCUUCCCAAAGUCCAUUACAACAAAGCCCGGAUGUAAAUGGCAUGGCCCCAUCUCCCAGCCAGUCAGAAAGUGCUGGGAGCAUCUCCGAAGGCGAGGAGAUAGACACGGCCGAAAUUGCACGUCAGGUGAAAGAGCAGUUGAUCAAGCACAAUAUUGGACAGCGGAUAUUUGGACAUUAUGUGUUGGGACUGUCACAAGGGUCUGUGAGUGAGAUCCUGGCCCGGCCAAAGCCAUGGAAUAAACUGACUGUGAGAGGCAAGGAGCCAUUUCAUAAGAUGAAGCAGUUCCUGUCGGACGAGCAGAACAUCCUGGCUCUUCGCAGCAUCCAGGGCAGACAGAGAGAGAAUCCAGGCCAGAACCUGAACAGACUAUUUCAGGAAGUACCGAAACGAAGAAAUGGGGCUGAAGGUAACAUAACCACACGAAUCCGAACCGCAGAGUCUGGCUCUGAUGAAGCCAUCAAAUCCAUCCUGGAACAAGCCAAAAGGGAGCUGCAAGUACAGAAAACAGCUGAGCCGGCUCAGCCGCCUUCUGCCUCUAGCAGUGGCAAUUCUGAUGAUGCAAUUCGAUCCAUUCUGCAACAAGCCCGACGGGAAAUGGAGGCACAGCAGGCUGCCCUUGAACCUGCCUUAAAAACACCACCUCUAUCUCAAGCUGACAUUUCUAUCCUGUCCCCCAAACUAGUGUCUACACCUGCAAUGUCUUCGGUUUCCAGCUAUUCUCCUUUGGCCAUAUCCCUGAAGAAACAUUCAUCUGUCACUGAUUCCAGUAUCUCUGCAUUGCAGAACCUCUCUGGGCUCAAAAAGGAGCCUCAGGAGGCGCCUGUUUUAGAGCUUCAUGGAAUAAGUGAUUCUGCCCAGGGUAUGUUGAGGCAUGUUAAAAAUGAGUUGGGACGUGGUGGUGUUUGGAAGGACCAUUGGUGGAAUACUGUGCAGCAUGAGAGAAGAAAUGCAGCUCUUCCUGAAGAUAUAAAAGUUGAGGAAGCCAGUGGUGGAAAAGAAAAGGUCAGCAAUCAGACUAGGCCAGAUCGUAGCCAGCUCCAAGGACCGUCUUCUUCCGAGUAUUGGAAAGAGUGGCCAAACGCGGAAUCUCCGUACUCGCAGAGUUCUGAAUUGAGCAUGACUGGGGCGAGUCGCAGUGAGACACCACAGAAUAGCCCCCUCCCUUCAUCCCCUAUCGUGUCCUUGUCCAAGCCAUCCAAACCUUCGGUUCCUCCACUGACACCCGAGCAGUAUGAGAUUUAUAUGUACCAGGAGGUGGAUACCAUAGAGCUAACGCGGCAGGUCAAGGAAAAGCUAGCAAAGAAUGGCAUCUGCCAAAGGAUCUUUGGGGAAAAGGUAUUGGGGCUGUCCCAAGGAAGUGUCAGUGACAUGCUCUCCAGGCCAAAGCCAUGGAGCAAAUUGACCCAAAAAGGCCGAGAACCAUUUAUUCGUAUGCAGCUCUGGUUGAAUGGUGAGCUGGGACAGUGUGUCCUGCCUGCACAAGGGCAGCAACAAGGACAAGUCCUUCACUCUGUGACAUCAUUACAGGAUUCCCUACAGCAGGGAUGUGCAAGCUCAGAAAGUACUCCAAAGACUUCUGCCAGUUGCAGUCCUGCUCCUGAAUCUCCCAUGAGUUCCAGUGAAUCAGUGAAAAGCCUGACUGAGCUGGUACAGCAGCCCUGCCCUGCCAUAGAGACGAGUAAGGAUGGCAAAUCCCAGGAAUCCAGUGAGCCACCUGCAUCUGAAUCCCAAUCCACGACCCCUCUGCCACUCUCAGGCCACUCUGCACUCAGCAUCCAAGAACUGGUGGCCAUGUCCCCUGAGCUGGACACCUAUGGCAUCACCAAGAGGGUCAAGGAAGUGCUCACGGACAACAAUCUUGUGUGGCUGACAAGCCUAAAAAGCAUCAGAAGAGCCAGGAAAUGUGCCCCAAACUCUGCAUUAGGUCAGCGUUUGUUUGGGGAGACAAUCCUGGGGCUGACCCAAGGCUCUGUGUCAGACCUGCUGGCUCGCCCCAAGCCCUGGCACAAGCUGAGUCUGAAGGGAAGGGAGCCCUUUGUCCGCAUGCAGCUGUGGCUCAACGAUCCCAACAACGUGGAGAAGCUGAUGGAUAUGAAACGCAUGGAGAAAAAAGCCUACAUGAAGCGGCGGCACAGCUCGGUCAGCGACAGCCAGUCCUGCGAGUCCUCGUCCGCUGGCAUCGACUACAGCCAGGGUGCCAGCCCCCAGCCCCAGCACCAGCUCAAGAAGCCCAGGGUGGUGCUGGCACCAGAGGAGAAAGAAGCUCUCAAACGAGCCUACCAGCAAAAGCCAUACCCAUCACCAAAAACCAUUGAGGAACUCGCCACGCAGCUCAACUUGAAAACCAGCACCGUGAUCAACUGGUUCCACAAUUACAGGUCCCGCAUCCGCCGGGAGCUGUUCAUCGAGGAGAUCCAAGCCGGGAGCCAGAGCCAGGCCGGGUCGAGCGAUUCCCCUUCGGCCAGAAGCAGCAGGGCGGCGCACAGCUCCGAGGGGGACAGCUGCGACGGCGUGGACGCGGAGGGCCCUCCCGAGGGGAAGCCGAGCGGCCCGGAGGCGGACGAGUUCAGCAAUGCGGCCGCCAAGUCUCAGGGAGGGCCCGCCGAGGCGGCUUUCGAGGCGGGGGAAGAGGCACUGCGAGGAGCCAGGCCCUCGGAGAGAGCGGAGCCCGAGAGCCUGGAGGACACCGACGACGAGGGCCGGCCCAGAGCGGCGCCGCGCCAGAGCUCCCCGCCGGCACCGCAGCAGCGCCAGGGAGACGCUCUGGAGACACUGCCAAACUCUGCCACGGAAGGGGAUGCCUCUACCUCAGCUGCCUCCACCUCAGUCCUUACGGGGGAGAGCUCCUACAAGUCAAAAGAAAGUUCAGAGAAAAUCUCCAGUGUGCCAAGUACGAGCUCGACGCCGGGCGCAGGCUCGCAGAAAUCCAACUCUCUGCAGAGCUUGUUCGGCUUCUCGGAGGCGGCGAGCUCCAGGAACACGCGAGACAGCUCCCUGAGGAAAAAGAAAGCGGCCAACUUGAACAACAUCAUCCAUCGCUUGGAGAAGGCCGCCAGUCGGGAAGAGGCCGUCGAGUGGGAGUUUUGAGAUUAAACUGGCCCAACUCGGGAGAGCUGGGAAGUCAAACUGGACCUCUACUGGUUUUAUUGUGUUCGCACUUAACCGCCCUGCGGGCCACAGGGCAAAAACGCCAUAGGCCAAGGUGCAUAUAGAAAUCGAAAAAAAAAAAAAAAAAAAAAAAAGAAAAAAAGGAGCGUUAAGCCCAAUUUAUGUUUGUGUUUUCGAGGAAGAAAACUGAAAUGUGUAGUCAAGCUUUUUUGUACCCUGAAGUGUUUUUAUUAUUGCCCUAAGUGAUUUCCACAAUUUCUGGAAUAACUCAUACAGCUUUGCCUUGUGCCCUCCUCUUUGGUGUGGGGCUUUAAAAAAAUGAAAAACAGGAAAAAAAAAAAAAACUAAAAAAAAAAAUCCUUAAAAAAAAAAUCAAACCCACAUAUUAAAAGGGGGCUUUUUAUCUGCCAUCUAAUGGCUACAGAGCGAUAAUACACUAUUAUCUUCUUAAACCAGGAAAAAAGGGGAGAUUUUUCAAGAAAAAGAAAAAAAAAGAAAGUUUUUUGUAGCUGUUCAGUUGCCACUAAGAGAUUGCACAGUCAACCGACUCUAAACACACUAGUUUGGAUUCCUACAUAUUUUCAAGAAAAGAAAAGAAUCUUGUUGUUUGAAACUUUGAAUUAAAAAAAAAACACAUUUACUCCACAUAUUUUUUAACAAAACAAAAAAAAAGUCACAUCAGGAAAAUAUCUUAAUUUGUGGUAGCUGACUUAGUGUUUUCUUGUAAGUGAAAUAGAAUAUUGACACGUAGUGCACAUUGUUUCAUAGCUUUAACUGAUUCUGGUCUUUUGCAGCCCAGAAUUUGUUUAAUACACUCCAUUUUAGGCCAAAUCAGGACAAAAAAAAAAAAUCUGAAUCUAGGUAUUUUAUAAUCUGCUUUUUAACCUCUAACCACAGAGCACGCUGAUCAGACCUCAUAUCUGGGAGGUUUAGGAGACAACUUAGAAGCAGCAUGUACUUGAUCAUUUCACUUGGUUCGUAGUGUACAGGAUUUCCUUUCAGCAAAGACAGAUCGCUCCAAAAACGUUGGCCAGUAACAUUUCAGCCUGCUACUUGGGGGCCCAGCCCGUAUCCCCAACAUUCAGCUUACCUGGAAUCCUUGGGAAUGCAUUCACGUGUCCGAUUGCUGUCACACACCACUAAGAGGGACUGGAGCUGCCGCAGACCCAGCCCUUUUCCUGCUGUUGGUGGCCAUUUACUGACUCUCUUCCCACCACGAGCACUGAUUUUAAAUAUGUUUUAGUUGUGGGAAGCUCCUUUUUUGUGUGGAUAAAGAGUACAUGGCAAUGACCAGACGGGCUCUCACCGGGGUGGAAGCAGCCCAAGCUCGAAACCAAAACCUUCGUGCUCUCGAGUCCCAGUGCAGCCCGUUCUGCCCUGCAGAAAUACAGCCUUUUCCCAUUAUUUUAUGCACAGGUUAGGGCUGAUCAAAGUACAAAUCCAAUUCUAACUUGUCUCUAACUCCUCCUGUUGUCUAUAUGUAUAUGCGUGAGCAUAGAGGUGCGUGGAAGGAUGUGUGUGCGUGGGUGUGUGCGUGCAAUUUUAUACGUCUGUGUAUUUUCUUACGUACUUGUGCACACAUAGAGUGCAUUACUGCCACCUUUUUUCAAUAAGCUGUUUUAUCAGUUAUGGCUUCUACAAGUUUGCUAAUUUAGACUCCUUUAUUGCCAUAUCUUUAAAACUAACAAUAGAUGAUUUCGGAAUAUAUAUAUAUAUAU